CUGGACUCCCCUGGCAAAGGCGCUCCCUGACUCUGACAAGUUCCCUUCAAGUUACUCGUCUUCUCCAGCUUCGAAUUUCUGUCGCCAGGCAGUUUGCACCAGUGAGUGAAUUAAAAGCACAUCGCUCCCUGGUGAUCCGCCAUGAGCUCCUCCCGGUUAAACAACAGAGCCGAGAGCCACUUUCGAGCCCAGGAGGAACACGAGCUAGAAACCUUGGGGAAGAAAGCGUGGGACAAUCCUGUUUACAAUGGCUCCCCCUCUGCAUCUCUGAAGAUCCGAGCCAUCUACAACCCCAAGGCCAUUCUGGAGAACCCCUACGAGAACAUUGAGAAGCUGGGGGACCCCCUUCCCUACCAAGAAGAGAGGAAAAAGGCGGAGGAUGUGAAGAAGAAACCCUUGCCCAAGUGCUGCUUCUGUUUCUUCAAAGGCAUCCGAGGCCUCUGGGGGACAACUCUGACCGAGAACACUGCUGAAGACCGAGAGCUGUAUGUAAAGACCACGCUGCGAGAGCUGCUGGUUUAUGUCAUCUUCUUGGUGGAUAUCUGCCUACUGACUUAUGGAAUGACCAGUACAAAUGCCUAUUACUACACCAAAGUGAUGUCCGACCUCUUCCUGCAAACCUCUUCGGACAGCGGGGUGUCCUUCCAGUCCAUUGGGAGCAUGGCUGAGUUCUGGGGGUAUGCCCAAGGCCCAUUGCUGGAUAGCUUGUACUGGACCAAAUGGUACAACAAUGAGUCACUAGCUCACAACACCCAGUCCUACAUCUACUAUGAGAAUCUGCUGCUUGGUGUCCCACGUCUGCGCCAGCUGAAGGUGAAGAACAACUCGUGUGUGGUGCACGACAACUUUAAGGAGGACAUUUCAGGCUGCUAUGAUGUGUACUCUGAGGACAAGGAGGAAAGAGUUCCCUUCGGGCUCAUCAAUGGAACUGCGUGGAGGUACCAUUCUGAGGAAGAACUGGGCGGCUCGUCCCAUUGGGGACGACUAACCAGCUAUAGCGGGGGAGGAUAUUACAUAGACCUCAAGCUGACCCAGGAGGAGAGUGCGGAAGCCCUGCGAGUCCUGAAGGAGAAGUUGUGGCUGGACCGGGGCACCCGGGUGAUCUUCAUUGACUUCUCUGUGUAUAAUGCAAACAUCAACCUGUUCUGCGUGCUGAGGUUAGUAGUUGAAUUUCCAGCCACCGGUGGUGCAAUCCCUUCCUGGCAAAUCCGCACGGUGAAGCUCAUCCGAUAUGUCAGUACCUGGGACUUCUUCAUUGUGGCCUGUGAGAUCAUUUUCUGCAUCUUCAUCUUCUACUACGUGGUGGAGGAGAUUCUGGAGCUGCGUAUCCACAGGCUCCAGUACUUCACCAGUGUCUGGAACAUCCUGGAUGUGGUGGUCAUACUGCUGUCCAUCGUUGCCAUUGUGUUCCACAUCUUUCGCACCAUCGAGGUGAACAGGCUGAUGGGAGAGCUGCUGAGGCAUCCUGACAUCUAUGCAGACUUUGAAUUCCUGGCUUUCUGGCAGACCCAGUACAACAACAUGAACGCAGUAAACCUGUUCUUUGCCUGGAUUAAGAUAUUCAAGUACAUUAGCUUUAACAAAACAAUGACCCAGCUUUCCUCUACGCUGGCUCGCUGUGCCAAGGACAUCCUGGGUUUUGCCAUCAUGUUCUUCAUUGUGUUCUUUGCCUACGCCCAGCUGGGCUACCUUCUCUUUGGGACACAAGUGGAAAACUUUAGCACCUUUAUUAAAUGCAUCUUCACCCAGUUCCGGAUCAUACUUGGCGACUUUGACUACAAUGCCAUCGACAAUGCCAACAGGGUGCUGGGGCCCAUUUACUUCGUCACCUACGUCUUCUUCGUUUUCUUUGUGCUGCUGAACAUGUUCCUGGCCAUCAUCAACGACACCUACUCAGAAGUCAAGGAGGAGCUUUCAAACCAGAAGAACGAGCUGCAGCUCUCAGACAUCCUGAAGCAGGGCUACCACAAGACGCUGAUGAGGCUGAAGUUGAAGAAAGAGCGGAUUUCAGACGUUCAGAAGGCUCUCCAGAAUGGGACAAAGGAGCUAGAGUUUGAGGAUUUUAAGAACAGUUUGAAAGAGCUGGGUCAUGCCGAGCAUGAGAUCACAGCAGCCUUUUCGAGAUUUGACAAAGAUGGUAACCAGGUCCUUGAUGAAGAGGAACAGAAGCGAAUGAGGCAUGACCUAGAGGAGAAAAGGGUUGCUUUGAAUGCAGAGAUUGAAAACUUGGGCAAAUCCUACGGUGAUAACAACCUGGAUGAGAAUCUGACCCUUGCGGAUGCAAAGAACAAUCAUGCCAAUAAGUCCACCUGCGUAUCUGAGGAAGAAUUCCAAAUCCUCCUGCGACGGGUCCUGCAGCUGGAGCACUUGAUUGGCAGCAUCGUGUCCAAGAUUGAUUCAGUGGUGAGCAAGCUGGAGGCACUGGAGAGAAACAAACUGCAGAGGAAAGACCUGGUGGGCAAGCUGCUCGACAACAUCAGCAAGGAGGAACAGCCCAGGCAGGAAGAACUGCUCCAGCGGAACCUAGACCCGCUGGUGAAGGAAAACCAAGAAGGCUGGGAGACAAAGCACAUGCUGGGAAGCAACCUCAGUGGGAGCUCUCCCCAAAAUGGUAACAGCAUCUACCCCAACCUGCCCAAGUUGGGGUUACCGGGCUCUCAGGCGCCUAAGAACACCCGGCCUCAGUCUAACAUGCACUUCUGACACCCAUCGGAAUGCUCCCAUCCCACCUUGGAUCCCAGGGUAUUAAGUCAGUCUCAGCUGAUUCUCUGUUGUUAGACUAGCCACAAAAAAGACAGACUAUAACAGAGAUGUCUGUCUCAGCUGAUCCCGUGCAGAAUCAUGGAUGUUAUUGUUUUUUAUUUGCCAAGUUGUGUAACACCAUAGAUCUAGAACUCCAGGUUCAAAUGCCUCUGGGCUUCAAGGAAGUGUUCAGACCUGGAUCCAGACUGUGCUGCUGGCUCCUAUAUCUCUAAAUGGGCUGAACUUGUCCUGUCCCCCACCCUCCAUCUCCCCAAGAUCUGAACACCCCAGAGCACUGAGGAAAAUUUGGAUCCAGAGUGGAUCUUUGCAGUUCACACUCUCUCUCUCUCUCUCUCACACACACACACACAGAGUCAUUUACAGGUUACAGUUAUGGGGGGCUGCUAAACAAGGUGGAAUAUAUGUGUUGCAAAGAGAAACAUGCUAAUUAACCUCAGGCCCGCCAACAGCAAUCCUAGGCCCCAGGGCAGAACAGUCAUUGGGCCCCCUAGAAAGGUCCACCUGACAUUUGGGCGGUGCUGUGCCUGCACUGGCUGAUGCCCAGCAAGCUGCUGGGCACACUCUUCUGGCACAGCCAGGGCUUCUACAUGUCUGCCUGGCUGCCUUCGCUGCUGCCGGUACCACCUCACACGUGCUUAGGAGCCUUGUGGCCGCCUGGGUGAUUUUAAAGGGGCCCAGGGCUCCUGACCGUGGCUAUUGCAGUAGUGGCGGCGGUCAGGGGCCUCAGUGCCCUUUUAAAUUGCCUGGGGCCCUGACCAGUUGCCUUCUUUGCUUCUCCCUACCCCUUCUCCCCCACGUCCCAGCCUGUGGGCCUGGUUAACCUUGUUCAUCACUUCUACUUUUCCUCCGUGCCUCAUGGUGGUAGCCAUGCCUUCACCCCCUCACUCAGCAGGCACAGAGCUGAGCUGAGAGGCAUCUGGGCUGAAAGGAGGAGCUCUGAGGCAUAGGUGGACAUUGGUUGUGUUUCUGAAGACAGCUUUGAAAGUGGGCACGGGGGGAGGAUUGCAGGGGUUGCACACAGUCGAGCAGGGUCGCUGAGGGGCACCUUUAAGCAAUUUCUUACCAAAGCUGCUGUUCCCAGAAUCUGACAGCUCCCCCCGCCCCGGUUUCUUUCAGAUCACUUUAAGCACCAGCUGAAGGAGACCUAUGGCUGGGCCAUUAGCAUGGUUUCCAACUCCUCUGUUAACGCUAGAAUUCCCACCGUUUCCCAAAAUUGCAGAUUGUGAAAUUUUCAGGGCACCAGCCAUCUAGCUGUGAAAUAAUGACAUUUCCCCUGGGUUUUGCCAUGGAAGCAGUUUUGCCUGAAGUUGGACUGAGAAUGGCCAUCCAGUGGAAAUGUGGUGACAACAGGCCCAUUGACAGCAUUUCGGCGCAGUGUGAAAAUGCCCCUAUUCUGAGCAUUUUACACCUGUCUUGAGACUAUUUUACACCCCUUCCUCCCCUCCCCCCCGGAGUUGAU